UAGUUAUCCACUGCUUUCAGGCCAAUUGAGUACAGAUUUUCGCAGCCGAACAAUGGACAAAACCAAGCCAGCACCCGCACCCGCACUUAUUCCUAGUCAUAUGUGCCUCAACACCGCGCGCAUCUUCAGUUUUGCCACCACAAUUCUACUCACCUUAAUGAUAACCAUCCUGUGCAUUGCGAUUCUAAUGCGUUACGAGGUUGAUAGCGAGGUCUCCAGUAUAGAGGACAUACCUUUUUGGAAGGACGAACUGCCCGCUGAACAGAAACUGUGGUUCGAUGAAGCCAUUGAAGAAUUGAAAGUGGCAUUGAAUAAGAAUUGGCGCAAGCAAGUGGCACGUAACGUCAUUAUCUUCAUGACCACCGGCAUUGACACGGAAACUAUGGCGGCCGCGCGUGCUUUGCUAACGAAUCGCACAAAACUACAGGCAGCGUUGAGUUGGGAGCGAUUUCCACAUCUUGGCAGGCUGAAGAAUAGUUGCAGUAAUACGGACCUCUGUGAUCCGUUCACCGUGGCUAGUGCCGUCUUUAACGGUGUGCGACCCAACUUUCGCGUCGGUGGACUCGAUGCCAGUGUGCCCUUUCGCGAUUGCCAAGCCUCUGCGAAUGUAAGUCAUCAUGUGAAAAGUGUGCUCCAGCAGGCGCAAGAAAACAGUUUGCGUACCGGGUUUGUGACCACACGACGUGUCACAGGCGCAGGUAUGGCCGCACUCUAUGCACAUACGCCCAACACCGCUUGGGAAUGUGAUGCAGCAUUGCCGGUAGCCGCUGCAGCGGCCGGUUGCAUGGACACAGCACAGCAACUGCUCAAGAGUGAGGCAGGCCAAAAUGCGAAUGUGAUUAUGGGCGGUGGCCGACAAACGCUCGUAUCGCGUGUGCCCAACACUGCGUGGGAUCCGGUUGAUGAGACGGUUUGCGACUCGCAGGAUAAGCGAAACAUUAUAAGCGAUUGGCAAAAGCUGAAUUUGAAAUUGAAGCGUACAUUUGCGGUACUACAAAAUAAUGUAGAACUGCAGGAGUUCAAUGACACCAAUGUGGAUCACGUCAUGGGCAUUUUCGCGAAUAACUAUUUACGCUUGACGGAUGAUGGGCAAGCGCGUAUGCGUCGCAUGCCAGAACUGUCAGACAUGAUGGCGAAAGCUUUGAAAGUUUUAAGGCGCAAUCAGAGAGGAUAUCUGCUUGUCGUUGAGAGUGGCACCGAAUCGACGGCAAGCAUAGCCGAGCAAACGCGCACGCUUUUUCAAUUGAACGAUGUGGUGCAGCAGGCCGUGGCGGAGAAUAGCGAAGACGAAACUUUGAUUUUGGUGGUGUUCUCCAAUGGCUAUUACGUGCGCAAUGCUGUCGAUAGCAGCGGUGAAGUGGACGGCACAGCUAAUGCGUUGAAUUUUGCGAAUGAGAGUGAAGCGGCCUUAGAGAAGCGCCUAUGGAAUAUGCCUACGGAAACGGUGGUGUAUGCGAGAGGCCCGCGUUCGCAUCUUCUCCACGGUGUUCAUGAGGAAACUUACAUGUCCUACGUAUUAUCUUACGCCCUUUAAAUGGGUCAUUUCAAUCGAAAGCACGCCACAGAGAAAAAAACUUGAAAUUUAACAGAAAUAUUCAUUUGAAUAUAAUUUUAUUUGAUAUUUUAUUGAUU